AUGUCAUGGCUCUCCCGCCCGUCAUCAACGUACGAGGCGUACCUCGUCCGUGGCAGCCUCUGGCACAGCGGGAACUGCACCCUCUGCACUCGGGCGUCGAGCUCACCACCGCCGCACCAUCCGUCGGGCAAAGGCAAUGAUCUGCAGUGCCCCCUUCAUUGGCUCCCAUGCUCACGAUGCCCACGGGCAUACCAUCCAGGAUGCCUCGCCACACACGUCCUCCCGCUUCUCAACUCGCUCCUGCCCAACUCGUCUAUGGCGGCAGAUACCUGGUCGUGCCCGGCGUGUACCCUCCGCUCUGUCCUUGCCGAUACCACAGAGCCGAGAAAUGCUCCGGCGGCUCUGCCUCGAGUCACCGCGGCGCUGCUCGCCGAGGGCCAUGCCACCUCGAUGGAUGUGGCAAAGCGCCUGAGUGACCGCUUCCCCAUCUACUCGGGCAAGCGGGGAAACAAGGCCGCCUACCCCUCACUCGCCGCUCUCACCGCCUCGGUCGCCGACGUGCUGGCAUACACAAAGGUCGCCGGGCGGGAUCUGUUCCGCAAGGUCGACGGAUUCUCCUCACCCACCAUGUUCCGCCUCGCCACGCCCGAGGAGAUCUUUCCGCUCCCGCCGCCGCCGACGAUGACGUCGUCGGCGGCGGCCGGCUCUAGUGGCACUGCUGUUGCUGCUGCUGCCGGUGCGUAUGGCGCUGGUGGGGGCACAUACUCGGGCACGCCCGCGGCGGCGCAGCGAGUGCCUGACUCGCCGACAGUCCCGUCGCCGGCUGGCGGCGUGGUCAAGUCCGGGCCGACGGCGGCGGCAGCGGCGCGGCGAAGCGCCGAGCCGCUCUCUAUCGCCGGCCUCGGUCCGCCGGGCGUGGUUGUUGAUGCCGAGACGCUCGGCAAGGCAGUGACCAACGGUGAGGAGAAGGGCGCCAAGGCGCUGAUGGAGAUGGCGCCGCGGCUGGUCGGCAGCAAGCUGGCGGCGGCGGUGGCGCGAGUCCUCAACCCGGACCCCAUCAAGCGCAAACGCGGGCGCCCGUCCAAGGCCGCCAAGGCUGCUGAGGCUAAGGCGCGGUGGACGGCGGCGACGGCCAUCUGCGCCGUCCUCCGGCAGCACGGCGUGGCCAUCCGCGGCUCGCUCCUUGACGCCAUCGCACACAUCACGCUCACCCUCCCUCUCGGAGAGUACCCGAGCCCGCUGGCGCCGGCGGCACGCGCCGCCGAUGCGCAGGCUACAGCAGCGAGGCUCUACUUUGACGUCUCUGGUCCGGUUAUCCGCGGCCCUGCAGGGGCGCUGGUCCACACCGGGCGCCCACCGCCGCCGCCAGCUGCCACAGCGCGGCCGGCGGCGAGCACCUCCUCUGCGCCGCCGUCUUCUACGGCAGCGCCAGCGCUGCCUGUCGCCUCGCGUGAGCUCCUCUUUGACCUCCGCAAAGGCGCGUUCACCCUCGAGUCGGCCGAGACCGUCGGCAGCGGCGUCCGCGAGGUGAGCCGGAAGCAGGCGCCGACCGACCCGCCGACCGGCAUCACCAUUGUCCGUCCGCCGUACCUUCUUCCCUCACGUUACCCUGUUGUUCUUGCCGCGCACUCGGAGUGGUCGCGGAAGCGCAAGCGCGACGGCGUCGAUGCCCGCAUCCGCGACCUGCUCGGCCCCGAGGAGCCCGACGGCGAGAGCGCGAAUGCGGGUGGAAACACCGGCGGCGGGAAGGGCGGCGGGAAGGGCGGCGGGAAGGGCGGGAAGUUCAAGAAGCGCAAGACGACGGUCCGGGCCUCGCAUCCGCCGACCAAGCCCGACUCGCGGGCGUCGAUCCUGCGGCGGGGACAGUAA